AUGGACGAUGUCAUUGAAGAGAUUCAAAAUCUCUUUAACCUGGCUGCAAUCAGUGAAUCGAUUGCAAAUGAUUGGGCCGGAAGCAACUACUUGGAUUUCAACGAAGUCGAUCCUCCUGAAGCUUUAACUGAUGGAACUUGUUUGGACUGCCUACAACUUGUUCAACAAGAGCUGCAAAAGGCUGAUCUUAAAGAUGGCCCGGCUUUCUGGAAACGAUUGGUGGAGGCCGAGGUAGCGCCGGUGGGAUUGGUUGGAUUUCUAUGGGCCCUUAUUGAAGUCGCAUUGAAGAAAGACAGCAAUUUGGAACAAGUGAAAUGUGGUGCUUUCGCUUCUUCGAUCUACAUGAAACUCUGUACUGUAAAUGGCGCAAGCAUUUACAAAUUCUACCAGCAAUCUAUUGUACAGAAAGUCCUCGAUAUCUGGCGAUUGGCUCUACGCGUGGUUUUAUAUGGAGUAAGAAACGUCCAGAUUACCGAGAAGACUCAAAGGAGGAAUAAGAAGUCGAAAAAAGUGGAAUGCAACGAUGAAGCUCCAGACGCGUGUUUGCCACAACAAGACAUGCUACGGAUUCUGAACAAAUCUACAAACGAUUUGUAUAUAUUUCUCAACACAAUUCCUCUUGCUGAUCAGCCGGAGAUUGCCAUUCACACUGCUCGCUACAUUUCCGAUCUAGCGGAAUUGGAUCAUUUUGAAAAGGAAAUAAGCUAUAAGGUAGUGGAUGGACUUGACGAGUUUGCGAACUUAAAGUUGUAUUGUGAGCGCUCUUUGGCUCUCUGUCAUAUACUGGCUCAUGGGCGACAUUCAGCUGAUUGUUCAUUGAUUUACGAGCGCAUUGUACAGCCUCGUCUUCUGCUCUGGUCAUGGCAAAAUACUGCAUACGGAGGCGCCGCUAGCAUGCCAACGUCACUUAUUCAUUUUGGUGAAGUUAUGUUGCGCUUUGUGGAACAACGCAUUGCUGUGGCCGACGAAAAAGAAUUGAAAAUCAUUGAUGAGUUAAUUUAUGCUCUUAUCGUUCGGUGUCCCGAUCGUGCCGAAUAUCGCGCUCGUGUUCCACAUACGAUCAUCUCUCUCAUUAAAAUCAUGCCACAAAACAGACAUUAUAAUUUUCGAUUCACUCUUUGGGACUUGGCCACUCGAAAUAAUUCAAUGGCAACAGUUGUGGAGCUUAGUAUUUUGAUGAUCAAGGAAUUUGAUUGGAAUAUCCCGGACCCAUACACUGAAGAGCUCGCAAAUGCAAAUAAAAAUAAGCAACAAUCUCAUGAAAACAACGCAAUUAAAGAAGAGUUGGAAAGUGACGAAGAAGGCGUCGAUAUGGAUAGGACCCGGAAACGGAAAGACAAGAAAAGGAAACAAAAGGAGCGCGAUGCUUUGCACAAUUCAACGUUGGCAGAUGAAACUCACACAGGAACAAGGGCUGUUGAAAAGGCAAAGAAGGCCUUCGAAUUGCCCUACUUUCCAAAAGGAAAGGCGCUUCUCUAUCGCAUUCUUAUUGGAGCAAUUGUGCAUUCAUCAUCAACAAUUCGAGCGAGAGCAUUGUGUUUAGUUGCUGAGCUAUUACAAAACAAGGACCACGUAGACUUUGUGAAAGAUGCUGCUUUUGAUUUGAUCUUCUCUUAUAACUACGCCGAGGAUAUUGUUUUUGACGAAGGAGCUCGACCAAGCGCUAACCCAACCGCCAUUGAUCGACUUUUCCCAAUUUUGACAAUGUGCUGCAGGGACGAAAAGGUAUCACAACGUUUGUUUUAUUCAAUACAAAAUUUCCGGAAACAAGUUUUGCAUUGU